CAAUAAAACCCCAUUAGAUUCUUCUUUACUUCUAAAAUAAAAACCCAUCAGAUUGAAACUGUGAAGAAACCAAAAAAAAACAAGACCCAUAAAUAAAGAAAACACUAGAAGGUGAAAAAGAUCAGAGUCCUCUUUAGAUUCGAUUGCCAAGUCUCAAAGAAUCCCCAAAUCUCUCAACCCAUUUGCAUUUGAAGCUCUCUGUUUCUUCUUCUUCAUCUCUUCGUUAUCUUCGCUUCGAAUUUACCUACCCCUCGGACGGUUCUGGAAAGCUUCUUUCUUUCUAAGUGAGUUGGAUCGUUCCAUGGACGUCGACCACCAAGCGUAGAUGCCUGAGCUGCGUAGCCACGCACGCAGAGAUCGGGCUAAGAAGAACCCGAACCAGAACCCAAUUGCUUUGACACAAUCACCAGUUAGGAGAAACCCGAGGCGGCCGCAGAAGAAAGUGUUGGCGAAGGAAGCGAUCGUAACGGUAGAGAAGACGACACCUUUGGUGGAUACUGCAGUUAAAGAGGAAGAACAAGUUAGGGUUUCGAGAGAAGAGAAGAAGAUGGAUGAACACGACAGUGGCGGUCAAGCAGCUCCUGUGCCUGAUGAUGAAGGAAAUGCUCCUCCUCUUCCUGAAAAGGUUCAAGUUGGUGGUUCACCUAUGUACAAGUUAGAUAGGAAGCUAGGCAAAGGGGGUUUUGGACAAGUUUAUGUUGGUCGAAAGAUGGGUACAGCCACUCCUAGUGCUAGAUAUGGCCCGGGAGCUAUAGAGGUGGCUUUGAAGUUUGAGCAUAGAACCAGCAAAGGGUGUAACUAUGGGCCACCUUGUGAGUGGCAAGUUUACAAUGCUCUUGGUGGCAGUCAUGGUGUGCCACGAGUUCAUUUUAAAGGUCGGCAAGGUGAUUUUUAUGUGAUGGUUAUGGAUAUUCUUGGGCCUAGCUUAUGGGAUGUUUGGAAUAGUACCAGUCAAGCGAUGUCAACAGAGAUGGUUGCAUGCAUUGCGAUUGAGGCAAUAUCCAUAUUAGAAAAAAUGCAUUCGAGGGGAUAUGUGCAUGGCGAUGUAAAACCAGAGAAUUUUCUGCUUGGGCCUCCCGGGACUCCAGAAGAGAAAAAACUUUUCCUUGUCGACCUCGGUUUAGCAACCAAAUGGCGUGAUACUGCAACUGGACUACAUGUUGAAUAUGACCAGCGUCCUGAUGUUUUUAGAGGAACAGUACGCUAUGCUAGUGUACAUGCUCAUCUUGGCAGAACUUGUAGUCGGAGGGAUGACCUGGAAUCUCUUGCUUACACUCUUGUUUUCCUUCUUCGAGGCCGACUUCCAUGGCAAGGGUACCAGGGAGAGAACAAAGGUUUCCUUGUUUGCAAGAAGAAGAUGGCUACUUCCCCAGAAACUCUUUGCUGCUUCUGCCCCCAACCUUUUCGUCAGUUUGUUGAGUAUGUUGUCAAUUUGAAGUUUGAUGAGGACCCUGACUAUGCUAAAUAUAUCUCCCUUUUCGAUGGAAUAGUUGGUCCAAACCCAGACAUUAGGCCAAUAAAUACUGAAGGUGCACAGAAGCUCAUACAUCAAGUGGGUCAAAAGAGGGGGAGACUGACAAUGGACGAGGAGGACGAACAGCCAACAAAGAAGGUCAGAUUGGGAAUGCCAGCAACACAAUGGAUCAGCAUUUACAGUGCACACAGACCAAUGAAACAACGAUAUCAUUAUAAUGUCACUGAUACAAGGCUUGUACAACACAUUGAAAAAGGAAAUGAGGAUGGUUUAUUUAUCAGCAGUGUAGCGUCUUGCGCGAAUCUAUGGGCCUUGAUCAUGGAUGCGGGAACUGGCUUUACGGAUCAAGUUUACCAGCUAUCACUGAGCUUUUUCCACAAGGAAUGGAUUAUGGAACAGUGGGAAAAGAAUUACUAUAUUACAGCAGUAGCAGGAGCAAAUAACGGGAGCUCAUUUGUGGUUAUGUCGAAGGGGACCCAGUAUUUACAGCAAUCCUACAAAGUCAGCGAUUCUUUUCCCUUCAAGUGGAUAAAUAAAAAGUGGAGGGAAGGAUUUUAUGUUACAUCUAUGGCAACUGCUGGAAGCAAAUGGGGGAUUGUAAUGUCUCGUGGAGCUUCUUUUUCUGACCAGGUUGUAGAACUCGAUUUUCUAUACCCUAGCGAAGGUAUACAUCGUCGAUGGGAGAAUGGCUACCGAAUUACAUCAGUUGCUGCAACUUGGGAUCAGGCUGCCUUUGUUCUUAGUAUGCCUAGAAGGAAGCUUACCGAUGAGACACAAGAGACUCUUAGAACCUCAGCUUUUCCUAGUAGUCAUGUCAAGGAAAAAUGGGCAAAGAAUCUCUACAUAGCAUCUAUUUGUUAUGGUCGAACUGUUUCUUGAAGUUCUAAUUUCUGUAGGAUGCAACUCAGUUUAGCUUUACCAUACAUCCGCACAGUGUGAAAGAACAUCUGUUGUGAUCAGUGAUGCUGUGGCUUAGGGGAAUCUUUUUAGGGAAGUUUGAAUGAAAGAUGGACGCCAAACUCUUCUUCACUAGUGCUGUAAUGAAGUGUAUCAACUGCAAUGCAAAAUUGUCCUGUUUUUUGAACUUGGAUGACCUGUUUAAGGAAAUAAGUUUGAAUUAUGUUAGAUAAAAAAAGGUAGUCUGGCGUUAUAAAUGUUCAUAUAAUGUUAAUCUGAAGUGGCAGUGGCUGUAAUGAAGAAGGAAAUGGAUGUUUUUGAUAUGUAUUAUAAACCUGUCUUGAGAGUUUUGUCUU